UGUCAGCAUUCUUUGGAUGUGAAUCAUGUGGAUGAUACUUCCUCCAUGGAAUAGGAAAGGGAAACCUUUUUCCCCCCACAACGCUACCUGCCAGAAUCCAAAUAUGGAAAAAAAAUUUUUUAUAAUUGUUGAUUAGAGCUCUUUAGAGGCUAAUGAACAAUGAGUUCUCUUCAAACAAGAAAACGAGCGACAAAAGCCGGCAAUCGAGAUUACUGGUCGAAGCCAACUGUGAAGAUCAACGAUGAUCCGGACUAUUCGUCAUACUCCGAAACCGUCAGACUCCAACGAUGAGAUCGGCAACCCCGACAAGAGAGAGGCUGGUAGCUUCGAUCGUGCUAUCGCGAUAACCCGCUACGGGAUGCAGCUGCUGGGCUUUUGGCCGCAGGACACGCGGCUCCUCUGCGAUCUACGGUGCGGCGUGAUCUUCGCGCUGAUCGGCUUCUUCACGUUUCCCACGGCUUUGCGAACGUACACCGUAGUGUACACGGUGACAGAUUGGGACAAGGUGAUGCACCAGGCCCUCGAAACAGUUCCGGCAAUCCCGCUCCUGGCGAGAUUCAUUUUUAUGAAGGUGAUGGCCAGGAACUUCCGGCUCGUUCUCUGUGCGAUGACCGCCGAUUGGACGGAUUAUCGCUACCUGACAAAGCGGGACCGACGGAUCAUGGUCCACUAUGCUAGAAGAGGCAGACGGUUCAGCAUACUUAGCACCAUACUCUUGGCGUUGGUAUUAAUAGGGUUUAUGUUAACGCCGAUUGUGAAUAUGUGGUAUAGCGGUGGUUUCUGGAACGUAACGACUAGGAUUUUACCUCAAGAAGGGCUUUAUCCCUUUCACAACAAGAAAUCGCCCAUCUACGAGAUACUCUACGUUGCGCAAUUGCUCAUGACGUUCCUUUGCGCCACGGCACUGGCCACCGUGGAAUGCUUCCUGUACAUCAUCGUGUUCCACGUGUGCGGACAGUUUGACAUACUCGCCGCUCUCUUAAAACGAUACGACAGUUCUAUCAGGCAUCAUUACGCCAAGAACACACGCAAUUGCGCUUGUCUCGUGUGCAUCGUGAAGCGACAUGUGCAUAUUCUAAACUACGUAGACCUCAUAGAAAAGUCCUUUCGUGACUUUCUUCUUUUACAGUUAUUGGGAUACUGGGCCAGUUUAAUUUUAUACGGACGCGAACUUAUUCUGCACAUUCAACACAGUAACAUCCAAGGUAUUAUUACAUGUAUUUUAUACAUGGUUACAAUCAUGUACUAUAUUUUCAUAUACUGCUAUGUUAGCGAAUGCAUCAUCGAAAGGAGCGAAAACAUUGGAAAGAUAGCGCAUGAUCUGGAAUGGCAACAUUUCCCACGGGACUCUAAUCUGUCGAUUAUAGUGACGCGCACGAGAAUAUCUUGCAAGCUUACUGCAGGAAGGUUCCUUACCUUAUCCUUUCCCUGUUACACCACGGUAAGCGCUUUGCAGAAUGUGAUCCUCUGGGUGUUACUUAGAUUAUCAAUACUAAUCCGUGUCUUCCGAUUCUCACAGAUUCUAACGACGACGAUCUCGUACAUAUCCGUACUCGCGGCAUUUAAAUAAGUAAACCGUUUUUAAUGAUAAAUAAAAAUGUUUAGUAUUUUUUCUAUUUUUUUUUGUAAGUUUUACAUAAGUCACGCUGGCGAUUAUACAGCAUACAGAAAUUCUGCGAAUUUUGUUACAAAGGUAUUUGUAGAAUAAGCAAUAAAUCUGCUAGAAAAAAAAA